AUUAGGAAACAAAAAAAAAACGGCUCGUUUCGGUGGAGCCGGUUGCUCGCUGGCGUUCGCUAAACAAAACCCACCGUGUCACCUCGCGGUUUUCAACGUAACUAGCAGUGCUGCCCUGGCGACACGUUAAAUACCCGCAGUCCAGGUGUAACGUGCUGAUAUUUCUCUGGCAGUGACGUUUUAUUCGUUACCGGAAGUAGAAGCAGCCGAGCACCUGUAGGUGAGCUGAGAGCUAACGUUGGUUUUCGCAGCAUCCUCGACGCUACACCUCGUCAUUUAAACACAACACCGGAUGCCCGGGCGGCCCUGACUGGUGGCCCCAACAUGAGUGUGACGUCAUGGUUUCUGGUCAGCAGCUCUGGCACACGCCACCGGUUGCCACGGGAGAUGAUCUUUGUUGGCAGGGAUGACUGCGAGCUGAUGCUGCAGUCUCGCAGCGUGGACAAGCAGCACGCGGUGAUCAACUAUGACCAACACGCGGACGAGCACAUGGUGAAGGACUUGGGCAGCUUGAACGGGACGUUUGUGAACGACCUAAGAAUCCCCGACCAGACGUACAUCACCCUCAAGCUGUCCGACGUCAUUCGCUUCGGCUAUGAUGCUCAUGUAUAUAUCCUGGAGAGAAGUCAACACAAGGUCCCAGAGGAAGCUCUGAAACAUGAGAAGUACACCAGCCAGUUGCAGCUCAGUAUUAAAGCCCUGCAGGCGAAGGUGAAGGAAAAGCAGCAGCUCCACAGCUCAGAGAAGAGCAAAAACGGCCCCGUUGCCAAACUGCUGGAGAGGGCCGAGCGAAAAGCCCAGUCGCUCACAGCUGCCACCGAUCCCCCGAUAUCCAAGCCCACUCCUCUCUACGGCCAACCGUCCUGGUGGGGCGAGGACGAGGACGCAGCCAAGAAAAAGAAGAACCGAGGUGGGAAAUCGCCAGAAAAGGAGUCUCCAGAGCCCGCUAAAGACGUGUCCAGGUAUGAAGUCAACGGCUCUCUGUCCAUCAACGGCUCUCUGUCCGACAAUCAGGUCAAGUCCCUGUUCUCCUACCGCCGGGAGCCCAGCUACUUCGAGAUCCCGACGAAGGAAUCCCAGCUGCGCCUCGCCAAGAAACCCGAGUCCCAGCUGCACGAGGUCCCCACAAAGGACACCGCGCACCCCGCCGAGGUCGCGUCUUCCACGCCUCCGGCCGUCCAAAGCCACGCCUCCUUCACCAUCGAAUUUGAUGAAUGCACGCCAGGCAAAAUGAAGAUCAAGGACCACGUGACCAAGUUUUCGUUCCGCCAGCAGCAGCAGCAGCAGAAGCCACCGUCCACAGAGCCCGUCGCCACACCCACGGAGGUGAUGUCAGCAGAGAGCAAAGUUGCUGAUUGGCUGGUCCAGAGUAACGCUAGCAUGAUCAGGAAGCGGACGCAGGCUGAAGACGCGUACAGCACCAACAGCGACUCCUCACUCCUGAACGUCCCCAAGACAAACCAACACGAAGACGGCACUCGCAGCGAUUCAGAGGAUCCUGCGAUCAACGGGAGGGGGUUCCUCCGAUCGGAACCUCGGGUUGGGUACCAGGUGACGCCACAGCCCCUGAGAGCCUCCCCACCGCGCCGCUCGGAGGAGCCGUCGUCCUACUCGCCGCCGGAAUCGCAGUCCCCGCCCGGCCUAGUGAAGGCCGAGCCCCACCAGGCCUUCGUUAUUGAAUUCUUUGACGAUGACCUACGAAAGAAGCGCUCCCAGUCUUUCACUGGCAACACAUCUCCACCCGAGCCUUCGGCCCCGAGGGUCCAGCCGGAGAAAGCCAAGAAGGGCUCAAGCGGGGAGAGACACGUCCCGUCUGCAGCCUCCGGCAUUCCACCAACCCAGCAGUACACGGUCCCCCUGAAGGGCCCCGCCCCCUCGGGCUUCCAGAGAGCUGGCUCUCUACGAAGGGAGAAGACAGAGGACCGGAUCAGCACCGGCUUUUCCUCCCGCUCUUCCUCAUCCGUAUCCGUGAGACCCUUUAGCAGCGUGGGCCGGAGGUCCAAACUCGCCCAGGAGUUCACUGCUGAAUUUCUCAAACAGACCAAGCAGUCGUCCUCUGCCAGCAGCGGGAAAAAGGCAUCGAGCCCCCCGCCGUCUAACGCGUCCCACCAGCCGCAGACCUCCUCUCCCAUCCACCACCACGUCCCCCUCAGGGUCCCCUUGAUGCCCGUGCCGUCUCAGGCCGAGGAGGUCCAGAGCCCCCAUGUCGGGGCCAAGAACGAAGAGGAGGACAGUCUGAGUGACGCGGGGACCUACACCAUUGAAGCCGACGUUCAAGAUAAAGAGCUAGAAGAGGCGCGCAGCAACAUUGACCAGGUGUUUGGUGUUUUUGAGAGCCCCGAGCGAACCAGCCCGAGUGAAGCAGAGACACCCCCAGCACUUAGGCCCGUUAAUGUAGAGAGCAGGGAGCAGCAUAGGCAGAGUAGCGCUGGGGAGCUGAGGCCAGCUCCAGAACAGGGACAGAGUCUGGUAAAGGUUCCUCCAGCCGGCGCCGUGUUACAGGAGGCUCCCAAGUGGAUGUCUUGCUGGGCCAGCUUGGCAGACAGCUAUGCAGAUUCCGGCCCUUCGUCCGGCCUCUUUGACGUUUCUUCGCACAUGGAGCCGUCAGAAGGGGAGCGAGGCACAAACACCCGCCAGGCCACGCUCAGCCGACACCACGACAGCGCGGACUCUGACGGUGCAAAAGCUCGGCGCGUCCUGCCGCAAGUACCGCUGAGCGAGACGAGCGACGUCGCAACUCCCAGCAUUCACGUCCAUUGCGACCCGAAUGUAACGUUUGACGUGGGAGGCGUAAGCACGGUAGCCUGCGGGUCUCCGGAUAGCCUCCACAGGUUGUCGGUGCAUGACGACGUGGAGCCGGACAGCCUGAGUGACGCCAGCAGGUCGGACGACGGUUCCAUCGUAGAGCAAAAGAGGCGGCCGCUGUCAGGCAGAGAAGGAAGGAAAAAUGAGGACCGACUCCCGACCAAGUCAACGUCGUUCUACAUCGGGUCAGCGGAGGCUGAGCCACAACCAGACUCUGGGGGGUCAAUCCUCGGCACUCCUAAGACUGAAACAAAACAAGCGACCAAAAUCUUCUCGACCUCCACUUUGACCAAACCCGGAAAGGUCAAGCCCAGUGUGUCCGCUCCGGUCCUGAGCCCGGAGUCCAAAGACGGCGCUUCAUCCGUAUUAAUCAGACAGGAGAGCUUCACCAAGGUGCGGCCGAGCAAUGCCAGACUGCCCAACAUCUCCACCCUGCAGGUGCAGAGCGGCCUGGACCCCGAAGCCUUCCAGGGAGCUCAGGACACUCACUCUUACCUCAAAGAGACGGAGGAUGUUCUGGCGGCUCUGGAGGCCAAACUCCAAGCAGGCCAAUCGGGAACGACGCCGUCUUCAACAAUGGACUCUCUUUCUGCGGAGUCCGACGUCGACACCUCCAGCACGGUCAGCCAGCACAGCAAUAAGACCAGGCCAAACGCGCUGCCUAAAAACCCCUCUGUCGGCAGCUUCCACGGGGACGGGUCCUCUGCCAGCGUAGCCAGUCAGGACUCGAGUCGCUCUCGAGGAGAAGACGCCAACAGUAAGACGCAGCCUGUCAGGAGACCGGUUGGACUGAGACGCAGCGCCGGGAGAUGCGGCUCCACGGACCUGAGCGACGACCCUCCGAGCUUACCGUACUCCGAUCAGGAAUCCAACGGCUACCAAUCCCGCAGGAAGCACGCGGCGCCCGUUCAGAAGGAGGACGCCAAGACCUCCAGAGCGUCGCAGGCCCUGAAUCGCGCCAGCAGCUUUUCGGCCCCGAGACCCACCAGGGCGUCCACGCUCCGCCGCGCUCGCCUGGGAGAAGCCUCGGACAACGAGGGCGCGGAGACGGAGAGGCUGUCCCAGGAGGCGGCGCAGCAACCCCAGGAGACCAAGAAGCUCUCCAGGCUGGAUAUGCUGGCGAUGCCUCGCAAGCGCACAAACUCAUUCAACACGCCCAGCGACACCGAGGCCUCCGCCGCCGGCGGCUCGGCCCGCAGGGGUUCCGUGUCGGGGUCGAGGCCCGGAGAAAGGCAGCCGAAAGCCCCGGUCAACAAGGCGCCGAUCACUCGGGGCCGUUCGAGCAGUGCCAAAUAUGCUGGAAGCACCUCAAGCCAAGGCUCCAGGAGACGACACAAAGGCUCUGACUAUACCUCCACCUCCGACGAGGAGUACGACUCAAACCAGAGCACCCCUAAACACAAACGCUCCCAACCCUCCUCAGCUUCCCACAGCCCGCGGAACCCUGCGCGGCCCCAGCCUGUCGUCGCCCUGCGGCCGAAACCUCGCAGCAGAGAUUCCGAGGAUGAGAACCACGAGGCCGACGCUCCGCACAGUUGGUCCAACCACAGCGUUGAGAUCGCACGGUUGAGCCAAGACCUGGCUAAAGACCUAGCUAUCUUGGCCAGGGAGAUCCAUGACGUUGCGGGUGAUGGUGAUCCACAGAACCCUGGAGCGGACGGCGGUGCGCCUGUCUGCACAGUGACCACUCAUGAACAGCUGGUUCCUCAUAUUCCCGAGGCUGGAUUAAAAUACCAGAGGGAACCUCCAAGACCUUCAAGGAAACCCGAAGAAAGUGACCAGGAGGCUCAGAGCGGAGAUCAGGUCCUUGUGGAUAAUCUGAUGCUGAAUUCAGUGUCACAGAUCACCGUGGCCAUCCGCGAAAACACGGCGCAACUCGCUGAUAAAAUGAAGGUGCUGUUCCAGGACCGGAUGGAUAUCUGGGAAGAAACUGAAGCAAAGGUUAACUCCGACAACGAUGUUCCUGUUAACAAUUCCUCUAACAAGGAAGUCACAUUAAUCUUGAAAGAACUCUGGAAAGUUCAACGACAACUCGAGGUCUUUAAUACAGUCAUGGGGCCCAGUGGGCCGUUCGACACUGCUAAGGCCUCAUCCGGAGUUCGGCCCUCCAGACCCCCCGCCUCCCGGGACUGGAGAACAAUCCACUCCGUCUCCAAGCGCGGCGGCGGCCCGAGGCCGAGUGAGGCUGUCCGGAGGGCGGCCGUGACCCCCGGCGAUCAGAGGGCGGGAUAUUUGGUCUGAGGUGUGACGCGGACACGCAGGUUCCACCGGGGAUGAAUAUCUGUGUAACACAGACACAGCUGUCGGACCAUUGUGCACGCCAUGAAACUGAGAAGGGGGGAAGUGAGAGUGUGUACAGAUCGGUAGUCUACCGCACAUCCAAACUCGCACUGAUGCACUAUGGACACGGUGGUGUCGCUGUAGGUACUGAGAGUGCGCUCGGCGGGACGCCGCCUGCACGUGAGCUGCAGGUUUACGGAUGUACCAAAAAAACACUCGCCUCAGAAAAGCCUGCGAACCGUACCCGGUUCCCUCCGUUUGCCAAUGAGACGAGCAGCAUUGGCUCAUUAUAUUUACUCGGUUUAUUUGAAAAGUAGCCCGGGAAUAAUCAUCUCAGGGAAAUCUUUUAAUUUAUACGGCGUCUGUUUAGUGAAAAAUAAGCAUUUUGUGGAAAUAUUGGUAUGUUGAUAUAUGUUUUUGGGUUUGAAAGACCUUAGUUUGUGUACAUGUAUCCUCAGUAAACCAAUUACUUUUUCUGUUGUCUUUCAAUGUUUUCUCCACUUUUCUCUUUGUGGACAUGGUUGAUUGCAGAAUGUAAAAUAUAUUUAUUGGGGGUCUUUUGUGAGACUCUGUAUCCGAGGCAACAUGACUUUGGGAGGGUUAGUAGACGCUAGUGCCAGACCAAUUAAUGCAGCGUUACACAGUUGCUAUCAACCCAUUUAAAGCGUAUUUAUUCUGCGAACAUUUGCCAUUGUGUCGCCUCUGUAUUUUGUCCAGCUGGAGAUGAAAACCCUUCUGGAAUGUGCGAUCCGGCUGUUUGUGGGGACUCAGUUUAGUCACCUGGCAACCACAAACCCAAGCGGCUAUAAAGCAAGCGUUCUCCGGCAUUCCUGACUCCUCUACCUUCUGAAAAGUGGGUUCUUAUGUGUCAAAGCCAGUCAGAGGAGGAGGGGGCUUGAAACUAUUUGGCCAAAGACCGCCGUGAAGCAACUGGCCGGAAUGAGUCGCCGUGCGCUCUGGAGCUCUGUGGUCAGAUUGACGGUUCCUCUCUAAGUCACGCGGUCACUGCGACGGGUCCUUGCGUGAAGCAAUGCGACUCUGGCGAUGACGUAGACCCGCUCGACCUUGUGAGGCUGUAAAUCUUGAGGAUGGUUUUGACAUUGUGAAUACCUCAAGGUGUCUGCUACGUGCAAAUCAGCUCUCCGUCUUGUCUUCUGCACUUAUGUAGUACAGCGUCGCCCCCUCGACGUGACAGGCCGCAAACUGAAAGUUGGUCCUUUUCUGCAAAAGAUUGUGAACAUUUGAUGUUGAGCUCGCAGCAGGAAAGAACAAAGCGGCAGCGGGUCGCUGUUUCCCCCUUUUCCAGAUUGUACAUUGAUUGUAAUUGUGACGUACCUGUAAGUGCCACAGAGCCGUGUGGGACGGUGGCUGUUUACAAACUCUUGCUGAAUCGAAUGUGUGUCCUAUUGACAUCUCUUUCCCAAGAUGUUGCUGCUAUUCUUCUCCUGUGGGUUCGUGUUAUUAUAGUCAGCAGUCAAAGCUACCGCAGGUUUGAGAGCUGAAAUGUAAUUCUAGUUUGUCAAAUCUGUGUCUUUUUGUUUGUUUUUUGUUUGCCCUCCGUUUUACUGUUCAGAUCUGAUUGUAACCUCGCUGUCCUGUUAGCUGGUAUUUGUUUUGUUUGUUGUAAUUUGAUAGACGAUGAUUGCUGAUUUAUUUUUUUUUCGAAUAAAUUUCAUUAGUAAAGAUAUA